AGGAGGGAGGGAGCACUCUCUGUAGGAGGAGAGGAAAAGUGGAGCGUGAGGGAAGCCACAUAGAGAGGCAGAGGUGGCCAGGAAUAGUGGAAACAAAAGAGAGAUUGGGAAAAAAGGGGUUUAUUAAUGGAUAUGGAAGAUUGUGCUGGAGGAGCUCGCAAAGCUACCAAGAGUAAACUCUUUGAGUUCCUCGUCCAUGGAGUGCGUCCAGGAAUGACCUCAGGGGCACGGAUGCCCCACCAAGGUGCUCCCAUGGGGCCUCCUGGACCUCCAUAUGGAGGAACACCACCAAUUCGGCCAGGGAUGCCCAACCCAGCCCUAGACCCCAACAGAAAACGGCCUGCCCCUACCCAGCCUGUGCAACCUCCCCCCACCCAAAACCGACCCAGAAAGAAACCACUUGGAUUACCGGCAACAAAUGAGAUAUCUGCGAGACAGGUGGACAUGAGAGAAGCCCAGUCAGAUCCUCCAAAUGGUUCCAAUGCCAAGAGAAGAAAAAUGGCAGACAAGAUUCUCCCUCAGAGGAUCCGUGAAAUGGUGCCAGAAUCCCAGGCAUACAUGGACCUCCUGGCUUUUGAACGCAAACUCGACCAAACCAUUAUGAGGAAGAGGGUGGAUAUCCAGGAAGCCCUCAAAAGACCAAUGAAGCAAAAGCGAAAGCUCCGACUAUACAUUUCAAACACAUUCAAUCCUGCCAAACCUGACGUAGAGGACUCUGAGGGCAGCAUUGCAUCCUGGGAGCUGCGUGUAGAGGGCAAGUUGUUGGAUGAUCCUGGAAAACAAAAGAGGAAGUUUUCGUCUUUCUUUAAAAGCCUGGUUAUUGAGCUGGACAAGGAUCUUUACGGCCCUGACAACCACUUAGUGGAGUGGCACCGCACCCCUACAACCCAAGAGACAGAUGGCUUCCAGGUGAAAAGGCCAGGCGAUGUGAAUGUGCGCUGUACCCUGCUGCUCAUGCUGGAUUACCAGCCUCCUCAGUUUAAGUUGGACCCUCGUCUUGCACGUCUCCUGGGUAUCCACACUCAAACACGCUCCUGCAUCAUCCAGGCAUUAUGGCAGUACGUCAAGAUGAACAAGCUGCAAGACUCUCAUGAAAAGGAGUACAUUAACUGUGAUAAAUAUUUCCAGCAGAUCUUUGAUUGUCCUCGUCUGAAAUUUUGUGAGAUCCCCCAGCGUUUAACCAACCUUCUUCUCCCACCAGAUCCGAUUGUGAUAAAUCAUGUUAUCAGUGUGGAUCCAAAUGACCAGAAGAAGACAGCAUGCUAUGACAUUGAUGUUGAAGUUGAUGAUCCUCUAAAGAGUCAAAUGAGUGGAUUCCUCUUGUCCACAGCCAAUCAGCAAGAGAUUGCAUCCCUGGACAACAAGAUCCAUGAAACUAUUGAGUCCAUCAACCAACUAAAGAUACAAAGAGAUUUCAUGCUCAGCUUCUCCAGAGACCCCAAGGGCUACAUCCAAGACUGGAUCUGUUCCCAGAACAGGGACCUUAAGUUGAUGACCGAUACAGUUGGGAAUCCAGAGGAAGAGAGGAGAGCAGAGUUUUAUAACCAGCCCUGGUCUCAGGAAGCCGUCAGCCGUUAUUUCUAUUGCAAGAUUCAACAGCGAAGACAAGAGCUUGAACAAGCUUUAGCAUUGCGAAGCACCUAAAACAAUUCAGAACUUCAAGAAUGAGUAGACAACUGAUCUUUAUCCUGGGGCUUCACUAUGAUUUAGUGGCCUCCACACUGGGCAGUUGUCCAUGGUCUUAAAAAUAUUAGACAAGACCACUUCAAUAUUGAGGUGUGGACUGAUUUAAACUAUUAAGUUUGCAACGUGAGAUGAAGAUAAGUGUAAUUGUUCUGUUAUUUAAUGUAUGUUUAAUGUAUUUACAGUCACAGUACAAUUAAAUUAUGACUGUGAUUUGGGUAUGAACAAAUAUAUAACAAGGCCAUCUUAAAAUGUAAACACUGGUCAUACACAAAUACAGCAGCUAUUAAAAUAUUUUUACAUCUGUUUUUAAUGCACAUGAACUGUAAAUAUGCUACUGACUAUGUGUCUUCUCACUUACAAAGAGAAUUUAACUUUUGAAAGGGUAAAAUCAAAUCAAUUAAGCUUUUUGAUGCCUCUGAAUUUUUUUUGUAUCCAAAAAUGAAAUGCAGAAAGUUAAUAAUAUGUAAAUAUAGAUACUGGAUGUGCCAUGUUGCUUUUUCUACAUUUAUAGAUAUUCAAAUGUUGCUUGCAAUUUUUCUGUCUGUUUUCUGCCUGUGAACUUGCAUUAGGCAAAAGCGAUCAUAAUGAAAUCCACUGGAUUAAAAUUAGCCAGAUGUCGUCAUAAUUCUGAUACACUCUAUACAGUAUAUGGAAAUGAACACUUAUGAUUCAGUCUAUGAUAAAGAAACACAUUCUGAUUUAUUAACACAUGCAGUACGUUAAUAUAGAUGUGUAUUGUUAAAAACUCAAAAUAUCAUUUGUUUAUAAAUUAUGUUUAAAAAUGUCUUCAUUUUCAUAGGCUUAUCACACCAGGAAGGUUGGUGCACUGAAAUUUUGCCUGUAAGAUACAAUAAUGCAUGUUGCACGUGAAUAGUUUCAUGUUUUGUUUUUGUAAAAAAAAAAAAAAAAAGCUUGGUUUUUAGCAUGAUUCUGAAUUUUUUUUGGAUCUUUGUUGCCUUAAUAUGUCACUGAGGAUGCACUGAGGAAGCAUUAACCAAAGGUUAAGAACAUUAACAUUAUCUUUGUAAAUGCUUAUCAAUUAGUUCAUUUUCUGAAAUGUUCCGUCACAACUGUUGAAUGCAUUUGUAUACUGUGGCCUGAGGUGUUACAGUAGAUAGUUACUACAUUAUUGAGAAGACUAAAUCUGUUAUGAAUAAAUGUAAAAAGGUGUAUAAUUCAUAUUCAGAGACAUCGAACCUAGCUUUUGUACAAGGCAUUCUUGUGUUUAUGUAUUCUAUUUAAAUAACUGUGCAUUGUGUCAAUUUUGGAUUUUGCUAAUAAACAUUCA